UCCAGUCUGUGAGGCUCCAGUUCAGCUCUUGGCGGAGUCUGUGUCGGGAUUGUGCAGUUACCAGUAAGGGAGGAGGGGGCUCCAGAGACACAGUCAGCGCUGCCUUUCCCCCCACCUUUCAGUCCCGGUUUGUGGCUCGGUGACUGCCCGCAGUUCGGAGCAAGGGGGAUAUCUGAACGCAGUUGGAUGUGAAAGCAGCUAUAGGCCGGAAUGCUACCCAGGGAAAAGCCCACAAGGUUUGGAGCGUUAUAGUGACGAGCUGAGGGAGCGCUGCAGUCCGGCCACACUCUCCUCCAGCUUGUGCCCAGCCAACAGGACUAGUCGGAGUGUGCCCGGGACUCACAGAGCAGUGUGUGCGGCGCGCCUUCGUCCCUGGAGUUUGUGGGGCUUCUUUCUGCGCACGUUGCUUGGUUUCUUCCAAUUCUGGACUGGGAAAAAAGUGCAGGGAAAUGUUGACUUAAUGCCGGGGAGCUGAGGAGAGAAAGCCGCCUCCUCCUACCUUGGGAAACAGGCUGUUCGCUGCCAGGGAGCCCGGGGCUGUCGGCUGGUUACUUGUUUCGUUUAACAGCCUCGGAGCAAAGGGCUUAAAGGCCGGCCGAUCCAGUUGACGAGCUCGGAGCAGGAAUGAAGAUGAAUGAUGCAGACCUCUUGCUUCACUGAACCUGGUCAUUUGUAACUGGAUUCAUUAAGGAAUACAAAGAAAUCAUUAAGAGGAAUCAAUAAUGGUGACUCCUGGCAGCAGGAUGCAAACCUAUUGGCUGUUUCUUGUAAUCAUCAUCUUGCAGUUUACAGAAGCUUUCAGCCGGGCAGCUCUACCAUUCGGUUUAGUACGAAGAGAACUAGCUUGUGAAGGGUAUCCCAUUGAUCUUAGAUGUCCUGGGAGUGAUGUCAUCAUGGUAGAAAGUGCCAACUACGGCCGCACAGAUGACAAGAUCUGUGAUGCUGAUCCCUUUCAGAUGGAAAAUACAGACUGUCAUCUUCCAGAUGCAUAUAAAAUAAUGUCACAGAGAUGUAACAAUCGGACACAAUGUGUUGUUGUCACAGGGUCAGAUGUUUUCCCUGACCCAUGUCCUGGGACCUACAAGUACCUGGAGGUUCAAUAUGAAUGUGUGCCAUACAAAGUGGAGCAAAAAGUCUUUGUGUGUCCGGGGGCAAUGCAAGCAGUUGUGGAUUCUCCAUAUAUAUUUGAAGCAGAACAAAAAGCAGGUGCUUGGUGUAAAGACCCACUGCAAGCAGCAGAUAAAAUUUAUUUUAUGCCAUGGACUCCUUACCGUACGGAUACAUUAAUAGAGUAUGCUUCUUUACAAGACUUUCAAAAUGGCAGACAGACUACAACAUAUAAACUUCCCAAUCGAGUGGAUGGCACUGGAUUUGUUGUGUAUGAUGGAGCAGUGUUUUUCAACAAAGAAAGAACAAGGAAUAUUGUAAAAUUUGACUUGAGGACUAGAAUCAAGAGUGGAGAAGCUAUUAUUAAUUAUGCUAAUUACCAUGACACCUCUCCAUAUCGAUGGGGUGGGAAGACUGAUAUUGAUCUAGCUGUUGAUGAAAAUGGAUUAUGGGUGAUAUAUGCUACUGAACAAAACAAUGGUAUGAUAGUCAUCAGUCAAUUAAACCCAUAUACACUCAGAUUUGAAGGAACCUGGGAAACCACAUAUGACAAGCGGGCAGCAUCUAAUGCUUUUAUGAUAUGUGGAGUUCUGUAUGUUGUUCGAUCUGUAUAUCAAGAUAAUGAAAGUGAAACCGGAAAGAAUGCAAUAGACUACAUUUUCAACACCAAACUUAAACGUGGGGAAUCUGUUGAUAUUCCUUUCCCAAACCAAUACCAGUACAUUGCUGCAGUGGAUUACAACCCAAGAGAUAACCAAUUAUAUGUCUGGAAUAAUAACUUCAUCCUGAGAUAUUCCUUAGAGUUCAACCUUCAGGAUCUAGCCCAAGUGCCUACAACAGCAGUGGCAGAAACACCUUCGGUAGAAUUGCUUGAAACCACUACAUCCACCACCACCACCACCACCAUCACAACAACAACAUCUCAAAAAGUGCUUGUUAGCACAACAUUGGCUACUGGUACAAAGGAAGGAAGCAGAGGGCCCAGACCUCCACCAGUAGUUUCAACCACAAAGAACCCUCCACUUACUAGUGUAUACCCUCUGCCAGAAAAGUACUGUGAAGCAAAGGAGGCCAGAGGAAUUAUCUGGCCGCAGACACAUAGAGGGACAAUAGUAGAACGCCCAUGCCCCAAAGGAACUCGGGGUAUAUCUUCCUACCUCUGCUUGAUCUCCACUGGAACUUGGAGCCUUAGAGGCCCAGACCUCAGCAAUUGUACCUCCCACUGGGUAAACCAGUUGGCUCAAAAGAUAAGAAGUGGGGAAAAUGCUGCUAGCCUUGCCAAUGAAUUGGCAAAACAUACAAAAGGCCCAAUAUUUGCUGGUGAUGUAAGCUCUUCGGUGAGGCUAAUGGAACAACUGGUUGACAUUCUUGACGCUCAGUUGCAAGAAUUGAAGCCUAAUGAAAAGGACUCAGUUGGGCGCAGUUAUAACAAGCUCCAAAAGCGAGAGAAGACAUGCAGGGCUUACCUUAAGGCUAUCGUUGACACAGUAGACAAUCUGCUAAGAUCUGACGCUCUGCAGUCUUGGAGGGACAUGAAUUCUUCUGAACAAGCUCAUGCUGCAACAAUGUUACUUGAUACUUUAGAAGAGGGGGCUUUUGUUUUGGCUGACAAUCUUGCAGAGCCAACACGUGUCUCCAUGCCCACUGAAAAUAUUAUUCUAGAGGUUGCUGUGCUCAGUACAGAGGGCCAGGUGCAAGAGUUGAAAUUUCCUCAGGGCAGUAAAGGAGGGAAUUUGAUCCAGCUUUCUGCAAACACCGUCAAACAGAACAGCAGGAAUGGUCUCGCAAAGUUGGUGUUCAUUCUUUACAAAAGUCUGGGCCAGUUUCUAAGCACUGAAAAUGCAACUAUAAAACUAGGAGCAGAUUUGGCUGGUCGGAACACGACAAUUGCAGUAAACUCCCAUGUUAUUGCAGCUUCAAUAAACAAAGAGUCCAGCCGCGUGUAUCUAACGGAUCCAGUGUUUUUUACCCUGGAACACACUGAUCCAAACAAUUAUUUUAACGCCAACUGUUCUUUCUGGAAUUACUCAGAGAGGACUAUGAUGGGAUAUUGGUCCACUCAGGGUUGCAGACUGGUUGAAACAAACAAAACUCACACAACGUGUGCCUGUAGCCACCUGACAAAUUUUGCUAUACUGAUGGCCCACAGAGAAAUUGUGUACAAUAAUAAUGUUCAGGAACUGCUUCUCACUGUCAUCACUUGGGUUGGAAUCGUCAUCUCUCUAGUCUGCCUGGCUAUCUGCAUCUUUACGUUCUGCUUUUUCCGUGGUCUACAGAGUGAUCGCAAUACAAUUCAUAAGAAUCUUUGCAUCAACCUUUUUGUGGCAGAAUUCCUUUUCCUAAUAGGCAUUGAUAAAACAGACUAUGAGAUUGCUUGCCCAAUAUUUGCGGGCCUUCUUCACUUUUUCUUUCUUGCUGCAUUUGCCUGGAUGUGCCUGGAAGGUGUGCAGCUUUAUCUCAUGCUAGUGGAAGUAUUUGAGAGUGAAUAUUCAAGAAAGAAGUAUUAUUAUGUGGCCGGUUACCUCUUUCCUGCAACAGUCGUUGGUGUAUCGGCUGCUAUAGACUACAAAAGCUAUGGAACUGAAAAAGCGUGCUGGUUGAGAAUAGAUAACAAUUUCAUUUGGAGUUUCAUUGGUCCAGUCACUUUCAUUAUUUUGCUCAACCUUGUUUUCCUUGUGAUAACGUUGUGCAAAAUGGUGAAGCAUUCCAGCACACUGAAGCCAGAUUCCAGUCGAUUAGAAAACAUUAAUAAUUACCGUGUUUGUGAUGGCUACUAUAAUACGGACUUACCUGGAUAUGAAGAUAAUAAACCUUUUAUCAAAUCUUGGGUUCUUGGAGCCUUCGCUCUUUUGUGUCUACUCGGCCUUACAUGGUCUUUCGGCCUGCUGUUCGUCAAUGAGGAAACUGUUGUGAUGACAUACCUCUUUACAGUCUUUAACGCUUUCCAGGGAAUGUUUAUUUUUAUAUUUCACUGUGCCCUUCAAAAGAAAGUCCGGAAAGAAUAUAGCAAAUGUUUCAGGCACUCGUACUGCUGUGGUGGUCUUCCAACAGAGAGCCCCCAUAGUGCAGUAAAGGCGUCAACUGCAAGAACUAGUGCUCGAUAUUCCUCUGGCACUCAGAGCCGUAUAAGAAGAAUGUGGAAUGACACUGUAAGAAAGCAGUCAGAAUCUUCCUUUAUCUCAGGUGACAUAAACAGUACAUCUACCCUUAAUCAAGGAAUGACUGGCAAUUACCUACUAACAAACCCUCUUCUUCGACCCCACGGCACUAACAAUCCUUAUAACACUUUGCUCGCUGAAACAGUUGUAUGUAAUACCCCUUCUGCUCCUGUGUUUAACUCAUCAGCGACCUACAGAGAGACAAGACAUUCACUGAGCAAUGCCAGGGAUUCAAGUGCCAUGGAUACUCUACCGCUAAAUGGUAAUUUUAACAACAGUUACUCUCUACGAAAUGGGGACUACAGUGAUGGCGUACAAGUUGUAGACUGUGGACUAAGUCUGAAUGAUACUGCAUUUGAAAAAAUGAUAAUUUCAGAAUUAGUACACAACAACCUCCGAAGCAGCAGUAAGAUCCACAACCUAGAGAGGACACUACCAGUCAAAACUGUCAUUGGUGGAAGCAGUAGCGAAGAUGAUGCCAUUGUAGCAGAUGCUUCAUCAUUGAUGCAUGGCGAUAACCCAGGCCUGGAGCUUCACCACAAAGAGUUAGAGGCACCUCUUAUUCCACAACGGACUCACUCUCUUCUGUACCACCCACAGAAAAAAGUGAAGACCGAAGGAACAGACAGCUAUGUGUCACAGUUAACAGCAGAGGCUGAAGACAAUCUUCAAUCCCCAAACAGAGACUCUCUAUAUACCAGUAUGCCCAACCUAAGGGACUCUCCAUAUCCAGAAAGUAGCCCUGAUAUUGAAGAGGAUCUAUCUCCCUCACGAAAAAGUGAAAAUGAGGACUUAUACUAUAAAAGCAUGCCAAAUCUUGGAGCAGGUCACCAUCUUCAAAUGUACUACCAGAUAAGCAGAGGAAAUAGUGAUGGCUAUAUUAUACCAAUAAACAAAGAAGGCUGUAUUCCAGAAGGGGAUGUCAGGGAAGGACAAAUGCAGUUAGUUACAAGUCUUUAAUAGAGAGUUUGGAGGAGUGUAUAUGGCCUCAAGAUGGUAUUAAAGACUUAUACUGAUUCAACAGAGGCCAUAUCAUUUAUGACCCUCAUGUGACCUAUGAUUCUCCAUUGUGGAGGAGUUUAAUGGACUUUUCAGUUCUGUGAAUAUUUUUAUAAAGGAAAAAAGCUUUGUAUAUACACAGAGUAUACUAAAAAAUAUUUGUUACAAAGCAAAGAGGUACCAACAUGGUAUUUAAAAUAUCUGCUGCUGACUAACAACCUUGACAAUAGCAAAUCAAACUUUUCAGCCAUUUUACUGCAGCAGCUAAAAAAAAGAUAAUUUGUAAAUAUGGCUGCCAUUUUGUAAGGCCUGCAUUGUAUUAUAUACAAGAUGUAGGCCCAAAAAUCCUGUGGGAUAGAUUUUACUGUACCUUACUGUUUCUGACAUGUCUUGGAUGCAGGAUUUUUAUUCCUGCUUAGGUGUUUGCAGUUCACUGCAAAUCGUAUCCAUCAAGGCAAAGAUUAAUCAUGUCUAACCACUAGCAAUCAAGCCACAGGCCUUAUUUCAUAUGUUUCUCAAUUGUACAAUGAACUGUUAUCAUGACAAUGGCUAAAUAAAUUAUAUUUUGUUCUAUUGCUAGGGUGAAAUACAUUUGUGUCCAACUGAAAUAUACUUGUUGAUUAAAUCCUUUUAAGAGUUCAGAGAAAAUAUUGUGGAAGAUCUUGAUUGCACAACGCUUUUUCUUACACGCUUGUUCAUAGUAGUAUUAACCAAGGCAAGUUCUAUCCAUUAUUGCAUAUUUCUUUUUUUCCACUAAAAAUUUGAGCAGACUAUCAGUUAUUUUGUUCCUUCAUUUUUAUGCCAAAUAUUAUGUUCUCCUUUUUUAAUAUAUAUAUAUAUAUAUAUAUAUAUAGAUAUAUAUAUAUAUAUAUAUAUUAUAUCCUCUUUUGUAUAUUUGGGAGCCAAUAUUGCCAUUAAUUGCACAAGUUUAAGUAAAUUUGGCAGAUAAAACAGGGACAGAGGGCACAAGCCACUUCUCUCUAAAACUGAAUCAAAAGGUGCCUGAAUUUUUUUGGUUUUGUAGAUAUAAGCUCAUAUUACUUUUCCAUGAUCUCUGCCUAUGUUUAGCAAUUAAUUUAUUUUAUAAUUAAAUGUGUAAAUUUUCACUGAAUUUUUUUUUCCUUUUCAUUAAACCUCAGCUGUUAAUAAGAGCCCAUGACUAAUAUCCAGUGUAAAGUUUAACACCUGUUUGACAGUAAUAAAUGUGAAUUUUUUUUUCAAAA